AUGUUUAAAAGACUAAAACAUUUUUCACUUGAAUUCAAAAGCUUAGACGAGAAUUUAAAGCCAAAAUUCAUCUUAAACAAGAUCGAAAAGCGUGAACCUUUUAAAGUAGACAAAUAUUUUUCAAGAUUAAACUGUCAUCACAAUGAUGAUGACGACCCAAAGCCAGUUACCUCGAGGAGUUCACUGCCAGAUAUCCAGCAUUUAAAAUCCCAGAGCGCUAUUUCUCUUAAUGAGUUGGGUUCACCCAAAAAGAGAAGACGAUCAAAGUGAUGCUUUGAUAGCUGGGAAUUUAAUGUAUGGUCACGGCCUCGGAAUGACACAAAACCAAGAAGAAAUAUCCAAGUUCUCAAAAGAAUAAAAAAUAUGGAAACAUAUGCACCUGGAAAAACAUUUGGCCCGAAGCGACCUGAAAGAUUAGAAAAAUUGUUGGACCAACUUUCGCAGACCCAGAAUAAAAAAUAG